ACGAUUGUAUAAACCAAAACAAUAAAAUCUUCAUUAAAAUACCGACAAAUCUUCUCCCAAUAAAUAGAAAAUUCAAUUCAUUUUGGUGUUUUUAGUUUCACCAUGGAUUUAUAUUCAUGGGGCGCAAAUAGUCAUGGACAGCUUGGAGUUGGAACAUUUAGUGAGUUCGAAUUCAUCACAUUAAUCAACAAGAAACCAGAAGGUAUAAAAGCAAUUGCUUGUGGAGGAGGUCAUUCAAUAAUUCUUGAUUGUUCUGGAGAUUUAUGGACGUCAGGAUGGAACAACAAAGGUCAAUUAGGAAUAAAAUCAAAAGUUGACACAAAUCUUUUUGAAAAAAUCAAUUCUGAUUGCAAAUUCCGUUCAAUAUCAUGUGGUUGGGAUACAUCUUCUGCAAUUACUUUAGAUAAUAGAAUCUUCGUAUGGGGUUCUAAUAAUUACAAUCAGCUAGGAUAUUCAAAUAAACAACAAAAAGUGAUAAUGGAACCAAUCGAGCUUAAACUUCCAAAUGACAAUAAAGCUUUAGAUAUAAAAUUUGGAUUGCGUCAUUCAGCUAUCCUCACAACAACUAAUCAACUUUACAUCAUUGGUUCUCUGAAGCACUUUAAGGACAUGAAAUUAUCCAAUAAAAUUAUUCAUCACAAUUCAACAGAAUUUCUUCAAAUUGAGAUUUACGAGAGUAAAAUUCGUCAGAUUUCUAGUGGCCAACAUCACAUCACGUUUCUAAAUGAUCGAAAUGAAAUAACAUCUGUUGGCGAUAACAAAUUCAUGCAAUGUACUGAAGUUAACUUAAGUAAUGUGAUUUGUAAAUUGUCAUCGGGUUGGACUCACAAUGGAUUUCUUACUGACCAGAAGGAACUUUAUUUGAAUGGACGAAAUAAUUAUGGACAGUUAGGAAAUGGACUUCGAAGUGACUUUGAGAAAAGCCUCCAAUUUCUUUCAAUAAAUCAAAUUGAUGAUUUCGAACUUGGUGCUGAGCAUGGAAUUCUCAAAUCAAAUGGAAAAAUCUUUACGUGGGGAUGGAAUGAACAUGGGAAUUGUGGCAAUGGCUCGUUUAAAGAUGUGCUGGAACCAAAAGAAAUUCAAUUGCCUCAUGAAUACGAUAAAAUUUCUGUUUUUGCUGGCUCAGGAUUUUGUAUGGCUCUUUGUCAACUUUCAUGA